CGGUGUGUGUCCUCCGCCCGCCCGGGUCGCCCGCGCCUGGCACGGACGGAGUAAGGGGAGGAAAUGAUCGAGAUGGCGGCGGAGAAGGAGCCCUUUCUGGUGCCGGCCCCGCCGCCGCUCAAAGAUGAGGCGGGUGCAGGGGGCAGCCCCACGGUGCAAGCGCACCCAGAGGCCGCCUCCGGGGAGCCCCGCCAAGGGCCGGGCCCGCGCCCCCAGGCGGCCGAGACCCCGGCUUCCGGGGCCGGCCAAGAGAACCCCGGGGAAGGCCGCUUGUCGGAGCCCCACGGCGGGGAGGAGCGGCGGGGUGCGGGCGGCGGGACGGACCUGGGCCCCCCUGCGCCCCCGCGGCCCCGCAAUGGCUACCAGCCCCACCGGCCUCCUGGGGGCAGCGGGGGCAAGAGGAGGAAUAGCUGUAACGUAGGAGGAGGCGGCGGCUUCAAACACCCGGCCUUCAAGAGGCGCCGGCGGGUGAAUUCGGACUGUGACUCGGUGUUGCCCUCCAACUUCCUCCUGGGGGGCAAUAUCUUCGACCCCCUGAACUUGAAUAGCCUUCUGGACGAGGAAGUGAGCCGCGCACUCAAUGCCGAGACCCCCAAGUCGUCCCCGCUUCCGGCCAAGGGGCGUGAUCCCGUGGAAAUCCUCAUCCCCAAAGAUAUCACUGACCCGCUCAGUCUCAACACUUGCACUGACGAGGCCCAGGUCGUCCUGGCAUCGCCACUCAAGACUGGUCGCAAGCGGCAUCGACACCGGGGGCAGCACCACCAGCAGCAGCAGCCGCCGGCGGCGGCAGGGACUGAGAGCCACUCCGUGCUGCCCGCGGCCCCCCUCACCCCUUCACUCCACGGGGAGGGCGCCCCCCAGCAGCCACGCCAGAGAGGCCAGAGCCGGGACGCCCCCCAGCCCUAUGAACUCAACACAGCCAUCAACUGCAGGGACGAGGUCGUGUCACCCCUCCCAUCCGCCCUGCAGGGUCCCUCAGGCUCUCUCGCUGCCCCACCUGCUGCCUCCGUUGCCUCUGCACCCCCUUCUUCCUCCUCAAGACACCGCAAACGCCGCCGGACUUCCAGCAAGUCAGAGGCUGGGGCCCGGAGUGGAAGCCAGGGCAGCAAGGAAAAGGGCCGCGCGAUUGGAGGUGGCCGCCACCAGCCACCCGCGGCCUUCAAAAAGCAACAGUGCAAGUUCCAGUAUGGGAAUUACUGCAAGUACUAUGGGUAUCGGAAUCCUUCCUGCGAGGAUGGGCGCCUGCGGGUGCUGAAGCCCGAGUGGUUUCGGGGUCGGGACGUCCUAGACCUGGGCUGCAAUGUGGGUCAUCUGACCCUAAGCAUUGCCUGUAAAUGGGGCCCAUCCCGCAUGGUGGGACUGGACAUAGAUCCCCAGCUCAUCCACUCAGCCCGCCAAAACAUCCGACACUACCUGUCUGAGCAGCUGCGGCUGCCACCGCCCACCUCCGAGGGGACCCAGGGGACGGAGAGUGAGGGGACUGUAAGUCUUCCGAAGAGGACCUGCUUCCCCGCUUCACUGACCGCCAUCCGCGGUCCCAUCGCUGCACCCCAAGUGCCCUUGGAUGGAGCCGACACAUCAGUCUUCCCCCACAAUGUUGUCUUCGUAACGGGUAACUAUGUGCUGGAUCGAGACGAGCUGGUGGAUGCCCAGUCCUCUGAGUACGAUGUGGUGCUCUGCCUCAGCCUCACCAAGUGGGUGCAUCUGAACUGGGGAGAUGAAGGGCUGAAGCGCAUGUUCCGUCGCAUCUACCGCCACCUACACCCAGGGGGCAUCCUGGUGUUGGAGCCCCAGCCUUGGUCAUCAUAUGGCAAGAGAAAGAGCCUCACGGAAACCACCUACAAGAACUACUUCCGGAUCCAGUUGAAGCCUGAGCAGUUCCCGGCCUACCUGACCUCCCCCGAUGUGGGCUUUUCCAGCUAUGAACUUGUGGCUACACCCCACAACACAUCCAAAGGCUUCCAGCGUCCCGUGUACCUGUUCCACAAGGCCCGCUCCCCCAGCCACUAAGUGGCCCCUGCACAGACUGUGUGAAGAAGCGGCCCGCAGCUCCGUGGACCUGGGGGAAAACUCCUUUCUGGCUCCAAAAAGCUUGCUUUCUUUGCCCUGCAAAGAAAGUUCUUCCUGAGUUGCUGCCCCUGCCACCACCACCCCCCUCCCCCAGCCCCCUUGGGCUGGAUGGCAUGGACUGUUUGCUGACCUGCUCCUUGGAGGCUGGCUGCAGGGCACUAUCCAGUUCUCUGGCUCUGACCUCCUGGUCUCCAAGGAGAGUCCCAUUUCUCCUCAGCCCUCAUCUAGCUGCGUUUCAGUGGACCACGGAGACGAAUGGACUGAGAACUAAAGAGGCGAGGGGGGGGGCACGCAGGUACUGUGAAAAUCCCUCCCUCUGCUGUCCCCCGCUGGGUGAGGGGGCUGGUUUGGAAUGUGAGAACAGCACAAUAAACUUGAUAUUUAGGGCAA